UUUUUGUACGUUUGACCAAAUAGUUGACUAAUUUCCGACCGAAUUCGGUCGGAAUUUGAUAAAUUUUUAAUAAAUAAUAUUUUUGUACAUAAUAUGCAGGUGUGACCAAAUAUUUGACCAAUUUCCGACCGAAGUCGGUCGAAAAUAUUAUUUUUUUGCUGGCAUGUAAUUUUUGUUGAAUUUUUGCGACCAAAUACUCUUAUUUUUUCCGACCGAUUUCGGUCGGAAAGCUUUGGACGGAAAUCACCUGAUUUCUAGUAGUGCACUACUUCUACUCUUCAAGAACAUUAAUUCCUUACCAAUUUAGAGGCGGACCUAAAGUGUAGAGAGUGAGUUCAGUUAAACACAUUAUUUUUAGUCAAAGCAUAGAUAUCGAUGCGUGUAUAUACAGGGCCGGAACUAAGCAGUAUGAAGGGGACCAAACCUCCUCCGUUAUAAAAUUAUACUAUGUAAAUAGGGUAAAAAUGAUUUUUUCGUAUAUGAGAUGUUGAAUCCUCUUGACAUGAAGAAAAAUUCAAGUAUUAUAGUGAAGGGGUUCUAAAGUUGCUUUAAGACAGAGAUUUAAAUCUCAAGUGUGACAUCCUAAAAGUUUUUUGAAUUCUCUUGUGUAAAUUUCUGGUUCCACUAGUUUUUUUAAAAUAAGAGUUCAAAAUUUAAUUUCGUCCUAGUAUUUUUCACGGGCUCGGCCACAGACACGUGUGCGUAAAUACAUAAUGGUUUAGGUUUAAAUUCUGAAUCAACCACUAUUUACCUUGCACCCCACCAUCCAUCCAAUGCCUCUUUUGCACUUGCUAGUUACCACUCUUCAAAGACCAUAGCAUUUACACCUCUCAAUCUCAUCCAACUCCUUAUUACCCCCCAGUGUCUAUGUAAUUAAUAUAAUGUCCCCACUGUUAUCAAAUUGCCCAUCUUCAUUCUGUUUGAUAGUUUUAAGUGAGAGUUCAAUGAGAAUUUUCCAGCCACAAUUCACAACUGACAAUGCACUACUCUUCGCUAUUCAGCCUCAUUCUAAUCUUCACCUUCUUCAUUUUCACCUUCUCUACUACUGCCACUGCCACUAAUAUCCACCACCAUCGUCGGCUUCUCCACCAACCGCUUUUCCCCUUUCAUCGUCCUCUCGCGCCAACUUCAAUUCCAUCCAUUAACACUAAACCUCCAUUUCCUUCUCCUCAAUUUGAUCAUCCAUUUUUCACGCUUUUUCCUCCUCCUCCUCCUCCAACAACUUCCAAAGAUCUUGCUACUUUCCCUGCUAACAUUUCCUCUCUCAUUCUACCACACUCCUCGCAUUCCUCUAAAAGUUCCAUCACCAGCAAAUUCAUUGCCAUUCUCGUCUCUGUCUCCGUCCUCUCUUUUGCAUUCGUCACUGCUCUUGUCCUCUUUUUCUUCCUUCAUCGCCACCCUCACCGCGAAGACAAAAGCUACGAUCACGAGAGAAGUGAUAGUCGUCGCCUUGUUUCACCUAAUGCAACCCCCUCUCAUGCGGAAAUUGGCAGUGCACAUUAUCUUUACACACUUGAGAAUUCUAGAAAAGUCAAUGAAGAUGGUGCUCAAUCUUCCACAGCAACAAAUGACAGUGUUACACUACACUUCCAAAUGUUAAGAUCACCAGAACUCCAUCCUCUCCCUCCAUUGCCACGUCAAAAUUUCAAACAAAAUCAUAAAAAUGCUGAUUCAGUAGGAUCACCUGAAUAUGCCGAGGAGCAAGAAUUCUUCUCCCCCGGAGGAUCAUCUGGGGAUAUAGGUAGUUCCACUUUCUUGGAAAAGAGUCCCUAUGCACAUUUUGAAGGUUAUUUCCAUAACCUGAAUGCAUAUCCGAAUUCCAAUUCUUCAAAUGAUUCAUUAUCCAAUAGUCCUGGAAAAUUGAAUUUGAGGUUUAUUCUUCCACCAGUGGAACAAGGAUCAGUUUCAUCGUCUUCGUUAUCUUCUGGAAGUACUCGAAACUCCCCUCCUCGAGUUUCAAAUUCCUCAGUCCAAAUUCCAGAGUCUUCUAUGAGGAAAUUCAGCAAUUCAGGGAGGUAUGUAUCGAUAAAAUUACCACCGCCACCACCACUGCCACCUAGGCCGAGGUUCUGGGAAGGUUCAACAGUCACAGAACCUCUAGUAGUCGAACAUUGUGGGCGAUCAAUGCCAUUUUUAAUCAAGAAAGCUAAUGGAAAUUCUGAAAGCUCAGAAGCUGUUGAAAGGAGGAAUGAGGAAAGUAUGAAGCCAAAGCUAAAGCCUUUGCAUUGGGAUAAAGUCAGGGCCAGUUCAGAUAGAGCAAUGGUUUGGGAUCAACUGAAUUCUAGCACUUUCCAGUUAAAUGAGGAAAUGAUUGAAACAUUAUUCACUGUAAAUUCAUCAAAUUUGAAUUCAAAAGAUGUCGUAAGGCGCCCAAUGAUACCUGUAAUGAAUCAAGAGAGCCAGGUGCUUGAUUUGAAGAAGUCUCAGAAUAUUGCAAUUUUGUUGAGGGCACUUCAGAUCACUAGUGAUGAAGUUUGUGAAGCACUUUUAGAAGGUGACGCUGACAUACUGGGAGCGGAGCUACUGGAGAGUCUAAUAAAGAUGGCUCCUACAAAAGAAGAAGAGCGGAAGCUGAAGGUUUUCAAAGACGAAUUAUCAUUCAAACUAGGCCCUGCUGAGAAAUUUCUCAAGGGAGUUCUUGAUAUACCUUUUGCAUUCAAGAGGGUGGAUGCAAUGCUUUACAUAUGUUGUUUUGAUUCAGACGUUGAAUACCUUAGGACAUCAUUUCAGACGCUAGAGAAUGCAUGUGGAGAAUUAAGGAAUAGUAGGAUAUUCUUAAAGCUUCUAGAAGCUGUACUCAGAACUGGUAACCGCAUGAACGUUGGAACCAACAGAGGAGAUGCUCGUGCCUUCAAGCUCGACACGCUUCUUAAGCUUGUAGAUAUCAAAGGUGCUGAUGGGAAGACAACCCUUUUGCAUUUUGUUCUUCAUGAAACUAUUAGAGCAGAAGGUUCUCAUCUUUCUGUUGCUGAUCUAACUCCAAAUGUGCAAAAAAACCAGCAAUCAGUCGUUCGCGAUGAGGCUGAGUUUAAAAAAAUUGUCCUUGAGGUUUUUUCUGUCUUGAGCCAUGAUCUUGCCAAUGUGAAGAAAGCAGCUGUUAUGGACACUGAUAUUCUUAGCAAUGAAGUUGCAAAACUAGCAACUGGAGUUACAAAAAUUACUAAUGUCCUAAAGCUAAACGAAGAGUUGGUUUUGAGUGAAAGUAGCAGAAAGUUUUUCGAGUCGAUGAAUGGAUUUUUGAAGAAGGCAGAGGAAGAAAUUAUCAAUAUACAAGCUCAAGAGGAUGUUGCUUUAUCCAUGGUAAAGGAGCUAACAGAAUAUUUCUAUGGUGACGCGGCCAAGGAAGAAGCUCGACCUAUUAGGAUAUUUAUGGUAGUUAGCGACUUCCUCUCUAUCCUUGAUCAAGUGUGCAAAGAUUAGCAAAUAACACAGAGAACAUUGCUAGUUAAAACUGGCCUUUCCAUUGCUAGAUGGUCAAAGCAAUUAGAUAUGCCUGUUUGAUGUUACUAGUGGAUUUUCAUCUUCUCUUUUGUACUUUAUAUAUUAUAUGCAGGUAAAUCCUCAUCCCUGUAUGUAUUUUUUAUGUGUUAUACUGAGAAAGUGCAAGAAUAUCAUUGAUUAACAUUGUGCUGUUUUAGUUUACGGAUGGUUGGAGUUA